CGUUCAAACCGGAAACCAUAGCAAAACGCUGCGCACCGGUUUGAGCUUGAACUUGCCCCAGGUAACCUCGAUCACGUGACCAGGACCGGGCCGUUCGUGACGUCACGUUCGCUCUGCCUCGUUCUGGUCAGCUGAUGCUCGCGAGUCAGAGGCUUCGGAGACCCGCAGCACUCCAUUUCAGCGGUUUAAACUCAAUAUUCUCCCCUUAGUGCAUUGGGUAGACAGCUGUGCAUUAUGGGGGAGCUGUUCCGCAGUGAAGAGAUGACCCUGGCCCAGCUUUUCCUCCAGUCUGAGUCCGCCUACUGCUGUGUCAGUGAGCUGGGGGAGAUUGGCAUGGUGCAGUUCAGAGAUUUGAACCCCGAUGUGAACGUUUUCCAGAGGAAGUUUGUGAAUGAAGUCCGUCGGUGCGAGGAGAUGGACCGCAAACUAAGAUUUGUUGAGAAGGAAAUCAAAAAGGCUAACAUACGUGUUGUAGACACAGGGGAGAAUCCAGAGGUCCCUCUUCCACGAGACAUGAUUGAUUUGGAGGCCACCUUUGAAAAGCUGGAGAAUGAGCUGAAAGAGAUCAACACCAACCAGGAAGCCCUGAAGAAGAACUUCCUGGAGCUGACUGAACUUAAGCACAUCCUCAGACGAACACAGCAGUUCUUUGAUGAGAUGGAAGAUCCUUCACUUUUGGAAGAUUCAUCAACUCUACUGGAUCCGAAUGAGGUCAGACGUAGCACUCCUCUCAGGCUUGGGUUUGUUGCAGGGGUGAUAGGCAGAGAAAGGAUGUCCACCUUCGAGAGGAUGCUGUGGAGAGUUUGUCGUGGAAAUGUCUUCCUGCGUCAGGCAGACAUCGAGGAACCACUUGAGGACCCUGCCACAGGAGACCAUGUACACAAGUCAGUGUUCAUCAUUUUCUUCCAGGGAGACCAGCUGAAAAACAGAGUCAAGAAGAUUUGUGAAGGGUUUCGGGCAUCUCUGUACCCCUGUCCUGAGACCUCUCAAGAGAGGAAGGAAAUGGCAGCUGGUGUCAACACUCGAAUUGAUGAUCUCCAGAUGGUGCUGAAUCAGACGGAGGAUCACAGGCAGCGUGUUUUGCAGGCGGCUGCCAAGACUGUCCGAGUAUGGUUCAUCAAGGUCCGGAAAAUGAAAGCCAUUUAUCACACUCUGAACCUCUGCAACAUCGAUGUCACUCAGAAGUGUCUGAUAGCUGAGAUCUGGUGCCCCAUGUCGGAUCUAGACUCCAUUCAGUUUGCCCUGCGUCGGGGCACGGAGAAAAGUGGAUCCACUGUUCCCUCUAUCCUGAACAGAAUGCAGACCCAACAGACCCCACCCACCUACAACAAAACCAAUAAGUUUACCUCUGGCUUUCAGAGCAUCGUUGAUGCCUACGGCAUCAGCAACUACCGGGAAAUCAACCCAGCUCCAUACACCAUCAUCACCUUCCCCUUCCUGUUUGCGGUCAUGUUUGGCGAUCUGGGUCACGGUGUACUCAUGACCUGCGCUGCACUUUAUUUGGUGCUGCGAGAGAGCCGAUUAAUUGCCCAGAAAUACGACAAUGAGAUGUUUAACAUGGUUUUUGCGGGCCGUUACAUUAUUCUCCUGAUGGGAAUAUUUUCAGUGUACACUGGGAUUAUUUACAACGACUGUUUCUCCAAAUCUUUUAAUGUCUUUGGCUCGGGCUGGAGCGUCAGACCCAUGUUUGGAGUUGGAGGCAACUGGACGUCUAAGACACUGGAGGAUAACCGCGUAUUACAGCUGGACCCUGCUGUGCCAAAAGUAUUUAAUGGACCCUAUCCAAUUGGCAUUGACCCAAUCUGGAACAUUGCCACCAAUAAGCUGACGUUUCUGAACUCCUUCAAGAUGAAGAUGUCGAUAAUUCUGGGAGUCAUCCACAUGACGUUUGGAGUUACUCUCAGUCUUUUCAAUCACCUGUACUUCAACAAACCUCUGAAUAUCUUCCUGGGUUUUAUUCCUGAGAUCAUCUUCAUGGUCAGUCUUUUUGGCUACCUGGUGCUGCUCAUUUUUUACAAGUGGUUGGCAUAUGAUGCUGAGAACUCAAAAGAAGCCCCCAGCCUUCUAAUAACCUUCAUCAACAUGUGCCUCUUCAGCUACAAUGAUCCCACCAACAAACCAUUUUACACGGGACAGAUUGUAAUUCAGUGUCUGCUAGUUAUUAUAGCUAUCGCCUGUGUACCCUGCAUGCUUAUAGUAAAGACCCUGAUAAUGCGCAGGCAAUACCUCUGGAGAAGACAUCUGGCAACGCAAAACUUUGGGGGAAUCCGUGUGGGUAACGGCCCCACAGAGGAUGAAGCUGAGAUCAUCCAACAUGACCAGCUUUCCCAAAACGUAGAAGAAGAAUCGCCUGAGCUGUCAGAGGAGGAAGUGUUUAAUUUUGCAGAUGUUGCAGUGCAUCAAGCCAUUCACACUAUAGAAUACUGCUUAGGCUGUAUCUCAAAUACCGCCUCUUAUCUUCGGCUUUGGGCGCUGAGUCUGGCCCAUGCGCAGCUCUCCGAGGUCUUGUGGUCAAUGGUGAUGCACAUGGGUCUCGCUUCUAGGAAUUUUGGUGGAUUCUUUGCUCUGUCAAUCAUCUUUGCCUUCUUUGCUACACUGACAGUGUUUAUUCUGUUGAUCAUGGAAGGGCUGUCUGCCUUCCUUCAUGCUCUCAGAUUGCAUUGGGUGGAGUUCCAGAAUAAAUUCUACACUGGACAGGGCUUCAAGUUCAUGCCUUUUACAUUUGACAGCAUUCUGGAGGGCAAGUUUGAAGACUAAACCACACCCUCAUUCUCUCCCUCUAAACUACAUGAAACCAUCAGAUUGCUUGUGAGAUUUCAUGAUUUGUGUGAACACUGUGACUUUGUAAGGCUCUAAAUUUCUCUGGUGUUCUACAUCAGGAGAGAACUGGAAUAAUUUACAAGUAGGUAAACUAGAUGUAAUUAGUUGAAGCUGAAAAUAAUCUGAGCUAGAUCUGCAUAACAUAAUCACAAUGAUUCUAUAACUCUUCAAUUCUUGCAUCAAUAUGUAUCGGUAUGUAAUAAUACAAGCUCAACUGGUUUUGCCAUACAUACAGCACGCAGGAGUACGAACAGCAUGUUUUUUUUUUUUUGCCUCAUAAAAGCCUCAUAAAUUUGUAUAUACUCUUCAAUCAAGGCAAAAUAUCAUAACAGUUUCCCUCCCAUUAUAGCAUAGGUGGAGAUUUUGUCUAUUUCUGAUAUUUUUCCAGUCUCUUAAAUUAUUAGUUUGUUUUUUAUGUAUCUUUUAUCCUUUAUGUUGACACAUUUAUAUAAUGGAUCUCAUGCAAAGGGACCUCAUUUCAAAUACAGCAAAGAAAGCUUCACUUUAUGGCAUUUCACCAGCUUCUGCUGCGAGGAUGAUAUCCUCAUCAAGCAUAUUUCAAUAACAGAUGCAGAUAAUCUCCCAGAUUUAUUGCAGAUCUUUGCAUUACUUCAAAAAACGUUUUCUGGAUCGCUUUGAACUGUGUUGCCGGUGUUUUUAUAUAUUUUUAUUUUUUUGCUAUUAACAUUUACAUCUAAAUUACGUCAAUCUCAUGAAUCUGCUGCAGUGCCCAGUUCUGUUUUUUUUAUUAUUAUUAUUAUUAUUAUUGCGGUUUAGAAAUGAGUUUACAACAUUCACAUGAAUUGGCUCCUGAAGAAAAUGUGUUGGUUUGAUAGAUGUCAGAGGGAGUUUUGGAGAAAUGAACUGAGAAGCUGAGAGAUUAUGUUUGCCAAUAAAUGGGAAGGAGUGGACCAGAA